UUGAUAGCUUCAAUUUGAAAAGUUAAUGUGCAUUUACUUGCUUUUACAGUAACUAGAAUAACUAAUUAUAAAUAAUAAUGAUCCGGGUUCUGAGAAUUCCCGCACAAAUCGUCCGAUAUCAACCGGCUUGUAAGUACACUUCUCACGCGCGGCGAUCCGUUCUCCGGCAAGACCAGUCAAAGAUCCCAGUGCACGAGUAUCCGAUCGCCAAAUCGACCGACACUCGAGUGUACGUAUGGGGUUUGGCCGCCACCGGUGCCCUCGGGGUGCAAACAUCGCUCAAGAAGCAAGCCAAGGCGCACACUGAUGUAGUGCAGCAUCCGAGUCGGUUAAAUUUCGCCGAAAACCGAGACAUACUGGACGUGGCCGCUGGGUAUGGCUUUUCCGUGUUCGCCGCCAAAUGUCGCAAUGGGAAGAGCCUCUGGGGAACGGGAAUCAACACGGAUUCACAGAUCGGGUAUCACAAGCUGGGUGGACAGCACCGGAAACCGUUCGAGCUAUUGAUUUACCCGGCACCGAUUGAUUUUGCCGCCGUGGAAGGCAACGAGAAGGUGGUCGAAAUUGUUAAGGUGGCCGCCGGGAGGGCACACCACCUGGCACUGGGGAAGGAAGGAGUAGUUUAUGCUUUUGGAAAUAACGCCUAUGGGCAAUGUGGAAGGGACAUUGUCAAAGAUGAGGAUUAUUUAAACGCGCCUGUGAUCAAUAGGAUAAAGGACCUCGGUGGUAGGCAAGACGAUCCGGUCGUGGAGGUAGACUGCGGUCAGGAUCACAGCUUCUUUCUGACGGAAUCGGGACGUUUGUAUUCCUGUGGAUGGAGCGAUGACGGUCAAACCGGACAGGGAACAUUUGGCCUAGUGAGCACGCCUUCGUCGGUUGAAGGAGAUCUGAAGGGGGAGAAAAUCUGCAAAGUUACUGGAACGUCCGAUACGGUGUUGGCGUUGAACGAUAAGGGAGAAGUCUUUGGUUGGGGUAACACAGAAUACGGUCAGUUGGCUACGGAUUCAGACGAUAAUCCUCAAAUAAAUUUUCCACUUCAUUUGGACUUCCUGAAGGAGUGUGGCAAAAUUACGGACAUCGCUGCUGGAGGUUCCUUCUGUCUGGCACUGAACGAAAAUGGCGACGUGUUCGCCUGGGGCUAUGGCAUCUUAGGCUUCGGUCCCGAGGUGGGUCAUCAACCGCGACCAACGCAGAUCCCGGCCACUCUGUUUGGGCGGAAUGAUUUCAAUCCCAACGUACGGGUUCGGGCCAUAUCAGCUGGACUAACACACUGCGGAGCAAUCAACGAUCAGGACGAUCUGUAUAUGUGGGGCCACAAUCGGUACGGUUGUCUAGGAUUCGGCCACAAGCAGGAUCAAUUCUUUCCCCUCAAGGUGGCCGUCAGCGCCCGGGUGCUGAAAAUCAGCUGCGGGGUGGAUCAUACCCUUGCUUUAUGUAAGGCUUUCGUUUGAAUGGGAGAGUGAU